GAAGGUCUGAGGGCGGACCUAGGGGGGAGGAGGAGGAAGAGUUGCUGCUGAAAGGAGGUGGCGAAGGAGGAGCCGGAGCAGCUGCUGCCAGCCCGCGGGCACCGGAGUCCUGCCCGCUGCAGCACGAGUAGCCACGGGCGCGAUCGGGGCCAGACGUCUCCUCCUCCAUGAUCACUUUGGGAGCGGGGGGAAGACUUUGCCAGGCCGUGAGAGCUGGUCUGCGUUUCCCUGGCGCGGCGGCGGUAGAGCAGCGGCAGCAGCCGGGUCCGAAUCGGAGCGGCCACAGCCUGGGGCGUGUGCGCUCCGCGCGGAGCGGGCUCGGGUUCCCCACGGAAUGUCCCCGGGGCUCCCGGCGCGCUGACCCCCAGCCGCCUCCGCCUUCGGUGCCUGCUGCUUCUCUUGGGCGGGCUCGGUGAUCGGGACUGCAAGCUUCCCGGCUCCUGGGCAGUGGGGAAGCCCCCGGGGGCGGGUGACCUCAGCUGGCCACGACCCAGCCCUCCCCCGUGCGUAUCUCGCUUAAGAUGGCAGCGGAAUCAGGGGAACUAAUCGGGGCUUGCGAGUUCAUGAAAGAUCGGUUAUAUUUUGCUACUUUAAGGAAUAGACCAAAAAGCACAGUAAAUACCCACUAUUUCUCCAUCGAUGAGGAGCUGGUCUAUGAAAAUUUUUAUGCAGAUUUUGGACCUCUGAACUUGGCAAUGGUGUACAGAUACUGCUGUAAACUAAACAAGAAACUGAAAUCAUACAGUUUAUCAAGAAAGAAAAUAGUGCACUACACCUGUUUUGAUCAACGGAAAAGAGCAAAUGCGGCAUUUUUGAUAGGUGCUUAUGCCGUAAUCUAUUUAAAGAAGACACCAGAAGAAGCCUACCGAGCACUCCUAUCUGGCUCAAACCCCCCCUAUCUUCCGUUCAGGGAUGCUUCCUUUGGAAAUUGCACUUACAAUCUCACCAUCCUCGACUGUUUGCAAGGAAUCAGAAAGGGAUUACAACAUGGAUUUUUUGACUUUGAGACAUUUGAUGUGGAUGAAUAUGAACAUUAUGAGCGAGUUGAAAAUGGUGACUUCAACUGGAUUGUUCCAGGAAAAUUUUUAGCAUUUAGUGGACCACAUCCAAAAAGCAAAAUUGAAAAUGGCUAUCCUCUUCACGCCCCUGAAGCCUACUUUCCUUAUUUCAAAAAGCACAACGUGAUGGCCGUCGUGAGGCUGAACAAAAAGAUUUACGAGGCGAAGCGCUUCACGGACGCGGGCUUCGAGCACUACGACCUCUUCUUCAUAGACGGCAGCACGCCGAGCGACAACAUCGUGCGGAGGUUUCUGAACAUCUGCGAGAACACCGACGGGGCCAUCGCGGUUCACUGCAAAGCUGGUCUUGGAAGAACAGGGACAUUGAUAGCCUGUUAUGUCAUGAAACAUUACAGGUUUACACAUGCUGAAAUAAUUGCUUGGAUCAGAAUAUGCCGGCCAGGCUCCAUUAUAGGACCCCAGCAGCACUUCCUGGAAGAAAAACAGGCAUCGUUAUGGGUCCAAGGAGACAUUUUUCGAUCCAAGCUGAAAAAUAGACCAUCCAGUGAAGGAAGUAUUAAUAAAAUUCUUUCUAGCUUGGAUGAUCUGUCUAUUGGUGGAAACUUAUCUAAAAUACAAAACGUGGAAAGAUUUGGAGAGAAUAAUUUAGAAGAGGAUGAAGAUGUGGAAAUGAAAAAUAGUAUAACCCAGGGAGACAAACUACGUGCCUUAAAAAGUCAGAGACAGCCACGCUCCUCACCAUCCUGUGCAUUUAGAUUGACUUCAUCCCCACAAGGAUCUGCAACUACUUUGAAGACCUCGAAAGUGGCUUUGUCCCCUUCAGCUACGGCCAAGAGGAUAAACAGAGGUUCUUUGUCCUCAGGUGCCAGUGUAAGAAGCUUUUCCAUAAACUCCCGGCUAGCCAGUUCUCUAGGGAACUUGAACGCUGCAACACAGGAGCCAGAGAACAAAAAGGCCUCCUUGUCCUCCAAGGCGGGUCUCAUAGCCAGCCCGCUCACCAACCUCUUGAACGGCAGCAACCAGCCGCCUGCCAGAAAUUACCCUGAGCUCAACAACAACCAGUACAGCAGAAGCAGCAGCAGCAGUGGGAACCCCCUGAGCAGCCAGCCGAGCCCCCACGGCGUCAAGACGGAGGAGCACCCCGCCCUCCUCCGGCCCUCCUACACCGGCCUCUCUUCUUCCUCAGCGAGAUUCCUGAGCCGUUCAAUCCCCGUAAGUUCGCAGACACCACCUCUUGGUCCUCAGAACCCUGAACGCAACUUCUGUGCCUUGCCUUCCCAGCCAAGGCUGCCGCCCAAGAAAUUUAAUAGCGCCAAGGAAGCCUUCUGAGCGAUGCCUUCCCUCUGUGCUGUGAAACUGUCCAUGCACGUCCAUUCUGCUGGCUCCUCUUCAAGUAAAUGCCAAGUUUCAGCUGGGGUUUCUUCCUUCUUUUUGUCCUCCUCCUCCCACUCCUCUUUAGGUGAUUUCUCUUCGAAGGGGAACAGCUUUUAUUCCCUUCAUCAUGGACACUGUUGACUCAAGUUACUUUUCAGUUAAGGUUGCAAAUCACUCUGCGUAUCCGGUGCUGAGCCAGGCGCUGAUUCAGAUAACAGACGGUAUUGGCUUUGGUUGUGGUGGUAUUAGGAAUCAUCGCUUCUCCACUUCAUGUGUUUAUGAAUGAAUUUUGGAGUAUUUAAAUGUGGAAGGUGCCGAAUGAACAGGAUCUUCUCAGAACUAACUGUUAGGCCCCUGAAUGUGUCACGUCCUGCAGGGAACUGACCCUGCAGAAUUAAUGACAUGGCAAACGGGAGGUGUUGAUAAGGAAGGCUUAUAGGUCGGUAUCUAAGAGGGAGGGAGGGGAAGGCGGAGUAUGAUGGAAGAUGUUUAGAAUUAGCCGUCAGUCUUCUAGAGACAGGACGAAAGAUCGCCAAACACUUUCUCCCCAUGAGCUCAGUAUUUAGGUUGCCAAGCCCCGCCUUUUAACCAGAAAUCCCUGUUAGGUCAAAUCUUUUGGUUCACCCGCUGCUAUGAAUCACUUUAAUCACAUAUUUUGAUUGCCUCAAAGGGAAUUGAGAUCUAUGGGAAUGUGAGUUUUGAUUUGAGAGAACAAGGACAAAAUGGGAAGGAGAAAUCGAUCUCACAAAUCAAAGAAAUGUGAAUCGGAGUGAUUCCAGUGAAGGCACAAGCCAGCUCCAGUGUCCUGGGAGGGCUGGGACUCCUUCAUGCCCAAUAUUCCUCAAACAUGUCCUCAGCCAUUGUCCAGGGAAAGGCUGAUUUCUGCAGGGGAGCAGGGGGAGGGUAGCAUGCCUUUCCUGGGGAAUCAUAGCCCCAUGGGAAUAGUUAACGAGACCUACUUUCCUUAGAUGGUAGUUUAGGGACCCCCUUUUCUAACACGAGGAUGCAGUGCACGCACCUGUGUGUUGGUUGGACUGAUGACCACUCCCAUCCCCACCUUUUCAGAGGUUUUUUUUUUCUCUCUUCUAUGCACACACAGUCCUUCCUGGCACAUACAGUUGACCCUUGAGCAACACAGGCUUGAACUGCCAGGGUCCACUUAUACACGGAUUUCUUUCAAUAAAUACGGUGCAGUAAGUGUGUCUUCUCUUUCUUAUGAUUUUCCAAAUAACAUUUCCUUUUCUCUAGUUUACUUUAUUGUAAGAAUACAGUAUCUAAUACAUAUAUUAAUUGUUGAUGUUCUUGCUAAGGCUUCUGGUCAACAGUAGGUUAUUAGUAGUUAAGUUUUGGGGGAGUCAAAAGUUAGGUGCUGAUUUUUGACUACGCGGGAGCCGGCACCCCUAACCCAUGCAUUGUUCAAGGGUCAGCUGUAUAAUUUUCCCCAUAAGAUUUUAUUCCCCGUGAUUUUUUCAGCAUUAUUUUAGACUCCUGUAUAGAUCAGGGCCCCAAGCAACUGCCAGCCCACUCCACCCCUUAAUUUGCCUCUGAUCUCACUAUGGUAUGGGUAUAAGUGUAUCAGUAAAACUUAAAUCUUAGUAAUUAAGGGGUUAGAUGGAAAAUGAUAGGUAUUUACCUUUUCAUAAGAAGGUUUACAAGUCCCACGCUUCCCAGCGGGAGUUGAAUUGUCAGUAUUUUCAUAUACCGAUUGUUGGGUCAGCCUCAUUUUUAGACCAGAGUACAGAUCUGUUCAUUUUCGGAAAAAGUGUUACACAUACAGAUAUACAGGUAAUUACAUAAAUAUCUUGCUGACUUCAUGGCUAAAGAGUUAGUGAAAUCCGCAUUUGCAGCCGAAUACCAGAAGCAUUAGGAGCUUGACAAAGAAUUCCAUUCUACUUUCUCUGAAUCUCAGUUUUCCUCUUGGCUAGUUGCAGUACGGGGGUGUUCUUUAGAUGAUUGUUGACCCUCCCCCCCCCGUAUUUAUAUAAUUUAGUUUUGGUGUCGUUCCAUAUUCUGUUUCUGUCUUCACCUCUCCUCCUUCUCCUCAUCCCUCUCCUGGCCUGAAUAGAGUGAUUUUCCAAUAAUUAAAUUUAAAGUAAUAGUCUGUGUGGGCAGCUGCUGCUGUUCCCCUCUUCUGCCUCUUAAAUUUGUCAUCUUAUUGUAAAGAGAAGCAUUUAUAAAUAGAAUUGCCAGCAUGACAACAUUUUCCUCCUUCUCACCCUCCUGGGAAGGAAGAAGCAGCAGGUCUCUUAGAGCUGACUUAAGCUCCUUUAUCUUUGCCUAGAAAACCUCUGUGGGAGGGAAGGCUCCUAAGUCCUACCCCUGCUAGCUUGGUGGUAGAAAGUCUCAUUUCAGAUGGAAAUUCCCAUGUUAUGUGGAAUAAAGUAUCGGUCCAAUACAGCUUUUCUGAUUGUGGGUUUCUUGUCUAAAGAAGGUGGUCCUUCUCUCCAGGGCUUCCUAAGCUGCGAGGCUUAUGCCCCUGAAGAACGAGGAAUAACUCACUCGACAGAAAUGUGUUCAAAUCCUUGGGUAGGAAAUGAAGUCUGUAUGGCAGUAUCCUCCCAGCACCUUUAAGAAAGACCCAGAAACUCCUGGGGGAUGAGGGUGACGUGUGUUUAGGGGGAGUCUAAUAUUUUAGAAGCUGCAAUUAGCAUCUCUUUUGAAAGCUGCAAUUGCUCUCCCACUUUAUGCAGCAGUUCAGCCCCCAGAAAAAUGUAAAAAUGAUUUCCUUGUUCUGUCAUUAAACGCUUUAACACAGAAAACAAGAGCAAAUGUUAAGGAAUUCUUCUGGUGGUGACAGAAAGCCAAGAAACCACCCGAUUUUAUUUUUAUUUAUUUGGCCUCCUUUGUGAGCCUCAAGGUUUCUCCUGCCCAGCGCAAUGCGCAAAGUUUCAUUUUUAUUAACCCACUUAUUGUUAAAAAAAAAAAAAUCAGUUUUCCCUCCCUGACAUUCAGAGGAGUUUUCAAAUGCAUAAGAAAUGAGGGACGUGUGAUUAUGGUGUGGGUGGGGUGGAAGUAUUUUAUUAAAUUGAAAUUACUUGAGGUAUCUGUCUUGAAUAUUUGCUCUGUUUUAUUUUUAAGAGACUUGCCCCUGAACUGCUAUUCAUCUCUCCUGUCCUUAACUGACCCCUGAAGUCUGGCUUAGGUCGUGAUGCCUUCCCCAUAAGCUCUUUAUACCCUGCCUUGGUCUUAAUCAAUACUCUUCUCUCUCUCUGCAUUUUAAUCAUCUGUUCACUUAUCUGUGUCCCCAUUAGACUGUGAGCUCUGUGAGGACAGGGACCGUGCCUCUGUUUUCUAUGCCACAGUUGUAUGCUCUGCGCAUAGCAUGCAGUAGGCACUGGCUAAGUUUUUCUUGAACGGUUAUAUGAAUGGUUGGGUGUUUAAAUGAGUCAACGUGCUAAGAAUUAAUGCCUCCAUUUUAAAGAUAAAGAACUAAAGGGUUUGAGAGGUUAAAUAUUUUGGCCUAGGCCUAGACUGUACCACAAAUAUGUAGCAGAGGCCUAAUUUGCACCUAGGUCAGUUUGACUCCAAAAAGCAUAUUCUUUUGAUUACAUUAGGUCAUACAUAUACUGUGGUAGGUGUUUAAAGGGAUAGCUAGGGCGCCUGGGUGG